AUGAUCAGCGCAGUACUCCGCCGAUCUUUCCUCGGUGCGUCAAGGCGGACUCAGACUCUCUCCGCCUCUCUGACCUCCAUUAACGCCGCUCUGUUUCACAGUCUUACUCCAUCCGCAGCCACCACCGCGACUACAGUCUCCGAUCUAGCCGCAAAUCUCAAUCCUCCUCAGACUUCAAGCCCAUUUGGUCUCACGAUUACGCCGCCUCGUACGAGACUAGCGACGGAGGAGACUCGGAGAGUGUCGGUGGCAGCAGCGGCGGUGAUGGGCUCGCGAUAUGAGCUCGGGAUAUCUCCGGAGAUUGUCAAAGCUUUGAGUGGUAGAGGAAUCGAUAAACUCUUUCCUAUUCAGAAAGCUGUGCUUGAGCCGGCGAUGCAAGGCCAUGACAUGAUCGGACGUGCAAGGACUGGAACUGGAAAGACGCUUGCUUUUGGGAUUCCAAUCAUUGACAAAUCAUCAAAUUCAACGCUAAACAUGGCUCCGACGAGAGAGCUUGCUCGUCAGGUUGAGAAGGAGUUUAGAGAGUCUGCUCCAAGCUUGGAUACGAUUUGUCUCUAUGGAGGUACACCGAUCGGGCAGCAAAUGAGGGAGCUUGGAUACGGUAUCGAUGUUGCUGUAGGCACUCCAGGUCGUAUCAUUGAUCUGAUGAAAAGAGGAGCUCUGAAUCUAUCAGAGGUUCAGUUUAUGGUUCUUGAUGAAGCUGAUCAGAUGCUUCAAGUUGGAUUCGCCGAGGAUGUCGAAAUCAUAUUGCAGAAGUUGCCUGAGAAACGUCAGAGCAUGAUGUUUUCGCUACAAUGCCGAGUUGGAGAUUCUGAUCAGAAACUCGCAGAUGGGAUUACAAUGUAUUCAAUCUCUGCAGAGUCUUAUGGAAAAGCAGGCAUUAUUGGUCCUCUUGUAGCGGUGAUUCAUUAUGAGCUUCCUAACAACACUGAGACGUUUGUUCACCGAACGGGGCGAACAGGACGUGCUGGAAAGAAAGAAAAUGCGAUUCUCAUCCACGGUCCAGAGCAAUCCAGGGCUGUUAAAAUGAUUGAGAAAGAAGUCGGAAGCAGAUUCACUGAGCUUCCAAGCAUUGUUGUUGAACGUGGAAGCGCAAGCAUGUUUGAAGGAAUGAGUCCUCGGUCUGGUGGAUCCUAUGGAGGAGGAGGUCGUGGUGGUUCAAGCUUUGGUGGUCGUUCAGGUGGUUAUGGAGGUGGUGGUGGAAGUUAUGGUGGUGGGGUGGAAGUUAUGGUGGUGGUGGUGGUUAUGGUAGCAGCAGUGGCCGUUCAGGAGGAUCAGGCGGCCGUUACUCAGGCAGGGUUCAGACCGUUCUUCAGGUUAUGGUGGGGAUUUGGUUCAGAUCGUUCUUCUCAGUCAAGUGGAAGGAGCAGCUUUGGUGGGUUUGGAUUAAAAGAUCCGUAA